AUGUCCUUCCACAACAGCUGCCAAAACAUCCACCUCAUCCACGAGCCCGGUGCUACUUUCCUGCACGCUGAGGUGCGUCGUGCGAAUGGCGAGUAUGUCGCUCGCAAGAUCCGUCUUGAUAGACAUAUUGGAAAUACGGAUGGCUGGUUCAUCUGGGGCGGCUCCAACUUCACCGAAACCGCCAAUGACAUUCAGCUCGAGAACACUGGCCGCGGUCCCAAGUUGACGGCGUACUUGAGGAAGCGGGAUGGCGGAUACAGAGAGUUGCAGGGAUUGUAUCUGGCGGAUAAGAUUGCUAAUGAGAAUGGGGAGUUGGUGUUUAAGGGACCUUAG